GUAGUAAAUGGAAAGUAAGAUUUUCUGUUUAGGAUUCCAGGUGUUCUCAGAUAUCUCCUAAGGACUCCCUAGCAUUCUUUUAUAAAUUCCCAUUCUGACAGUCUCAUUUGUCACAGCAUCCAUUGCCUUCUCUUGAUUCUCUCUUACCUUCGUUGAUUGCAGUACUGAAGAUGACUAUCUGCUUUGAGAGUCCUGAACUAGCAGCGGCUACUCUACGAGAGGAGAAGAAGAUGCAGACGGAUGCUGAUAAACUCGUAUCAAAUGAAGAAUUUGCAGUGCCCGAAAACAAUGCUUUUGGGAAGUCAUUCAGGGAUUAUGAAGCAGAUGGUGAAAGGAAAGACAUUGUCGAGCAACACUACAAAUUAAGUCAUAUCAACCAAACCUAUGAUUUUGUGAAGCGGAUGAGGGACGAAUACAAGAAGCUUGAUAAGGCAGAGAUGGGAAUAUGGGAAUGCUGUGAACUUCUCAAUGACGUUGUGGAUGACAGUGAUCCUGACUUGGAUGAACCUCAGAUUCAGCACUUGCUGCAGAGCGCUGAAGCAAUCAGAAAAGACUAUCCUGAAGAAGACUGGUUGCACCUGACUGCUCUCAUUCAUGAUCUUGGAAAAAUCCUUGUUCUUCCAAAAUUUGGAGAGCUACCUCAAUGGGCUGUUGUUGGUGAUACAUUCCCUGUUGGAUGUGCUUUUGAUGACUCAAAUGUUCACCACAAGUAUUUCAAGGAAAAUCCUGACUUCAACAAUCCAAGUCACAACACCAAAAAUGGGGUAUACUCUGAAGGAUGCGGGCUAGACAAUGUGCUCAUGUCAUGGGGGCAUGAUGACUAUAUGUACAUGGUGGCCAAGGAAAAUGGAACCACAUUGCCUUCGGCAGGAUUGUUCAUCAUCCGAUACCAUUCCUUCUAUCCAUUGCAUAAGUACGGAGCAUAUACCCAGUUGAUGAAUAAGGAGGAUAAGGAGAACAUGAAAUGGCUUAAAAUAUUCAACAAAUAUGACCUCUACAGUAAGAGCAAAGUUCUGGUUGAUGUUGAAGAGGUCAAGCCAUAUUAUGAAUCUCUUAUUGCAAAGUAUUUUCCAGCAAAGCUGAACUGGUGAAACUUCAAGGCUCUAAGAGGGGAUUGCUGCAGCUGCAAAGCUUGUCCUGAUCUGAAGAGAAGUCAGUAGGACGGCUAGAUGAAGUAAAAUGUCAAUUAAAAGAGAAUUGUUGCAUAUAUUUUAAUAAAAUUCUUGAAUCUUAGGUUUGAUCUUUA